AUGCACAACAUGCUGAUCCGGCCCACAGAGGAGGAGCUGGCGAACUUCGGUGAGCCAGACUACACGAUCUACAAUGCUGGGGCGUUCCCAUGCAACCGGGCCACCGAGGGCAUGACGUCCGGCACCUCGGUGACGCUGAACUUCGCCUCCAGAGAGGUUGUGAUCCUGGGCACGCAGUACGCGGGAGAGAUGAAGAAGGGUGUUUUCACGAUUAUGAACUACUUGCUGCCGAAACGUGGCAUCCUCAGCAUGCAUGCCUCCGCCAACGAGGGAAAGGACGGCGAUGUCACUGUCUUCUUCGGUUUGUCGGGCACCGGCAAGACUACCCUGUCUGCAGACGAGAAUCGGCUCCUCAUCGGCGACGACGAGCAUGCCUGGACGGACAAAGGAAUCUUCAACAUCGAGGGAGGCUGCUAUGCCAAGGCGAUCGGCCUCACGCGCGAGAAGGAGCCCGAGAUCUGGGAUGCCAUUCGUUUCGGAGCCCUUCUGGAGAACGUGGUCUUUGAUCAGCGGACAGGGCAAGUCGACUACGAGGAUGGCAGCAUCACGGAGAACACCCGGGUCUCCUACCCCUUGGAGUACAUACCCAAUGUGAAGAUUCCGGCCGUGGGCGGCCAUCCCAAGAACAUCAUCAUGCUGCCCUCCGGCCUAGUGGGAAAUCACGGGAACUUAGACCCCUACGUUUAUGUUAGUGUGGAUGUUGUGAGUUUGCCAUCGCAGCUGACUGUAGCGUCGCCUUCUUUCCUCUACUCUGCCGAGCUUCUGCAGGCCAUGUAUCACUUCAUCUCCGGAUACACGGCAAAGGUGGCUGGAACCGAGAUGGGCAUCACCGAGCCUACCGUCUGGCAUCCUGCAAAGUACGCGGAGCUGUUGGCCGACAACAUGGCCAAGCACCACGUCAACGCUGCGUGGCUGAUCAACACCGGCUGGACAGGAGGCGGCUUCGGUUCGGGCCAUCGAAUGAGCCUCAAGGACACUCGGGCCAUCAUCGAUGCCAUCCACUCCGGGGACUUGGCCAAAGCACAGCCACCUGGCCUGCAGGAUGAGUUCAACAAGGCCUCUGAGAAGCUGGCGCAGCUCUUCAAGGACAACUUCAAGAAGUUCGAGUCGGGCUGCUCCGAGGACAUCCGCGCAGCGGCUCCUUCCAGAAUGAUAGGCCUGGUCCUCCUCAGCGCACUCCUUCCUCCCUCCACCCGACAUGGCGGGUCGCAUGUGGUUGACUAUGCUCACACGGUCGAGGUGAAUAUCGAGGCAGAGGUUGCGUGGGCCAUCAGUUGCCGGAACGAUGGAGGCAAAGUCGCUGAGGAGUGCUUCCAGCAUACCCCGCUCCGCUCCGUCGGGGACGCGUCCUGGAUCGCCUUCGUCAAUGGCCCCCGGACAGCAAUCCCAAGGACGACGGUGAGGGUCGGAGGCUGCGAGUGGGUCCGCAACCCCGUGCCGGCGCGCAAGAUGUGUUCGCGCAGCCGCAUGGCAGAAGUGGGACAUCUGCUGGGCCAUGUGGUCGCACGUGGAAAAACUGUCCUCAUACCCGCCCGGCCAGGCCCAGUUCUGGUGGUCCCAGCAGACCUUGAGCCAGGAGACUCGGCAAAACUGCGCCGACAUAACCAUUGUGGACGGUAG